AUGGGUUGGUUUGAUAAUGACUCCGAUCAGGCACAGGCUUACGACCAGGUGACGAACCGUCCCCACGAAGCCAAGUGGUCUCACGAGCUCAUCGGCGGUGCUGCCGCCUUCGAGGCCGCCAAAGCGUAUGAGGAUCAUGUUGCCCGUAACGGCCACCCUGACGACCACGCCACGGCCAAGGAGAUCCUUGCCGGUGCCAUUGGCUUCUUCGUGGACCGCGAGGUCGAGACCAAGGGUUUGGACUACAUUGAUCGCGAGAAGGCCAAGCGCCAUGCCCAGCAGCAGGCUGAGCAGGGACUGAGCAGCGAGGGUCGAUGGUAG